AUGUCAUUGAAGAAUAAUUCAUCUUCUGACUUUAUUCUCUUGGGGCUUCUGAUGAACAAUCAGGCCACAGGAAUUGUCUUCACAGUUAUCUUUGCUAUUUUUGUGGUGGCUAUAGCUGCAAAUGUUGUAAUGAUAUUCUUGAUCCAGGUGGAUUCACGUCUCCACACCCCUAUGUACUUUCUGCUCAGUCAGCUGUCUAUCAUGGACACCAUUUUCAUAUGUACCACUGUCCCAAAGCUGCUGGUUGACAUGGUUUCUAAAGAGAAGACUAUUUCUUUUGUGGCCUGUGGAAUCCAGAUCUUCCUCUACUUGAUCAUGAUGGGCUCAGAGCUCUUACUCUUAGGCCUGAUGGCCUAUGACCGCUAUGUGGCUGUGUGUAACCCUCUUAGGUACCCAGUCCUGAUGAACAGAAAGGUAUGUGUUCUGCUGGCCACUGGUGCCUGGAUUGUUGGCUUCCUAGAUGGUUUUCUGCUCACUCCUAUCACCAUGACUUUCCCCUUUUGUGGCUCCCGCAGUAUCAACCAUUUCUUCUGUGAGAUUCCGGCUCUUCUCAGAUUGUCCUGUUCUGACACAUCUUUGUAUGAAACUCUAAUGUACAUCUGCUGUGUAUUCAUGCUACUCAUCCCCAUCUCUAUCAUUUCCACCUCCUACUCCCUCAUCUUGUUAACAGUUCACCGCAUGCGCUCUGCUGAAGGCCGCAAAAAGGCAUUUACCACUUGUUCUUCCCACUUGACUGUAGUUAGCAUUUUCUUUGGGGCUUCCUUCUACAAUUAUGUGCUGCCUCAGUCUUUCCACACCCCAGAAAAGGAUAAGAUAGUGUCUGCUUUUUAUACCAUUGUUACACCCAUGCUCAAUCCUCUCAUCUACAGCCUCAGAAACAAAGACGUCUUGGGAGCAUUUAAAAGGUUAUUUGCAAGAUGUUCAUCUACUCAGAAAGUAGCAACUAGUGGUGCUUAG